AGUUAUAAAUCUUUGUUUGUUUUCUAAAACAAAAACCAUAGGAACCACUUUUCUAUGAAAACAGAAAACAUAAAUUAACUACAUUUUUCUCUCUUUAACAUUGUGUUUUGCCAAAGACAAGAUAAAAUGCCACCACAUUUUUCUAAUAGUUCACCCACAAAUCAGUCAUCAUGUGAAUAGCCAGUGAAUAACAAGUAUUACUACAGAGUUAGUCUUAUUUAAUAAUCUGAUACAGAAAGUUUAUUACAUUUUUAACAAUGUUACCUCUGUUUUGAAAGUUACAUUUUGCCCUAUAGCAUUUGCCCAAUAUUUGUCUUAAUAGUAUAUGAACUGUGGCUUUUAUUUAGUUUAUUUAGUUAAACACAAAUGGUGAAAAUGCCAUUGUUGGGUACAAUAUAAAAAAGGCUAAUAUGCUACAACAUUACUAUUACCAAUAUAUGAAAUAUGUUUAUUAAUAUAUUGAUUCACAGAAUAAACGUACUGUGAAAUACACAGAAGUGUAAUGUGCAAUGUAAUGUAUAGUGCGAUGCUUAAUAAUAAUAAUAGAAUGCAACAUAAUACAGUUUAGGUUAUAUUAAGUAGUAUGUGGUAUUUAUGGUAAUGAGGAUCUGAAUAUUAUUUGAUUAUCUGUCAUUUUUACAUCCGUUUUCAGCAGUACAGUAAAGAACAUUCUCACCAUAUGUCCCCAAAAUAAAACUCGUUCAUCAAUUGAUGUGAAGGACAAAAGUAUAACUUCACAUCAUUACAAUUCAAAAGAUAGAAUGGAAUGGUAAAAUAUAUAUCUGUGAAUGAUACCUGGAGACAUACUCCAGCUUUGGGAUUUUAGCGUGACCUAUUUGUGAGAGCAAUGACAAACCCAAAUGGGAGCAGUCUUAAUAGGCCUGAAAAUUGAACACUAGAUAAAGCAUCAUUAUUAAUGUUUUUAAUUAGGAAUCAGGAAAAAAAUUCACAGCCCCAGUAGAGGUGGCUUAAAAUAUCCGUAACUCUUAACAGUUCUCCUGAGAGUCUACUUCCAAUGGGUUCAGUCCUUUAUGUAUAAUGAAACAUUGGGCAUCCCUCUAAACCUGACAUUUUUAUCUACAGUACCUUGUUGGUUUCAUAUUAAUAAGUGAAGAACAUGCUUCUAAAAAGUUUUGGCUAUUUCUAUACAUAUUACAUGUGAUAUGAAUAAACAACUUUUAAAGCCACUUUAAGGGCAUUGAUCACAUAAUUUCACAAGAGAUCGAUGCUUUAAUAAACUGAAUCUCCAAACUUUGACUCCUUUUUCAUCCUUGAAAACUAGAUCAUAAAGUCAUCUAAAAGUUCCACUCACCUGUAUCGAACUACAAAUGAUGCCAUGACCCCACCUCGUUUCUUUUUUCAACACACAUUCCUAAAUCUUAGCCGCUUACUCUGUGACUGCCAAUAUUUUCCUAAGGGUAUGGUGGGAGAUUUGAGGAUUCGCCUGAGGCAUGUUUGCUCUAAUUAUAUUGUUGACAGGAAUACAUUAUGAAAGACCAAACAGGCUACAAAGUUGAUACCUCAAAUAAUGUGGCUUUUAGGCCAAAUUUGGCAGAUAAUAAAACUGCAAAAACAAAUCCCAUUUAUUUACACUAAAUAAAGGAAUCAAGCCAUAUCUGGGCUUUUUUGAGUAAAUAAUUAUCCUGAAAACCAGCCAUAACCACUGUAUAGCAAAAACCUGGCAACCACCCUCUCUACCCCACCAAGUUUAACACUAUAGAAAAUGUAAAAAAUCUCAUUUGGUUGCAUUGCAUUGUGAAAAAUAAUGAGAAUGCAUGCUGCUAGAGAACGAGGGUCAGGUGGGCAACCUUUGGUGGCCUUUAACACCUCCUCCAAUAACUUAAUGAGGGCAUGACGUUAAGCUCCGCCCUACAAGUGUCAGCAUCCUCUGGGAUAUCACCUUCAUAAAGAACUGGGACACUGGCACUGUUAAAGAAUCAGUCACGUCUCAUCUCGUCUGCGGGAAAAAGCCCCUUCAGUCAGAGUCACUCGGUCCACUCUGACCUGGUUGUGCUGGACACUUAGGAUGACCCAUCAGUUUCCUCCCCUCACCGCUGAGCAAAAGAAGGAGCUACAUGAGAUAGCUCUGCGUAUAGUGUCACCAGGGAAAGGCAUCCUAGCUGCAGACGAGUCCAUAGGCAGCAUGGGGAAGCGUUUGAAACAGAUAGGGGUAGAGAACAAUGAGGAGAACCGCCGUCUCUACCGCCAGGUGCUCUUCACCGCUGAUGACCGCAUUGAUAACUGCAUCGGUGGGGUGAUCUUCUUCCACGAAACACUCUACCAGAACUCUGACGAUGGCGUCCCGUUCGCCAAGAUGAUACAGGACAAGGGCAUUACUAUCGGAAUCAAGGUUGACAAAGGUGUAGUCCCCUUACCAGGGACUAAUGGAGAAACCACUACACAAGGUCUGGAUGGGCUCUCAGAACGCUGCGCUCAGUACAAAAAGGAUGGAGCUGACUUUGCGAAGUGGCGUUGUGUGAUGAAAAUCAGUGAUACCACACCGUCAAACCUGUGCAUUAAAGAAAAUGCUAAAGUCCUUGCUCGCUAUGCUAGUAUUUGUCAGCAGCAUGGGAUUGUACCCAUAGUGGAACCUGAGAUCCUACCUGAUGGAGACCACGACUUGAAGCAGUGCCAGUCCAUUACAGAGAGGGUGCUUGCAGAAGUCUACAAAGCCAUGUUUGAUCAUCACGUGUAUCUGGAAGGCACACUACUCAAGCCCAACAUGGUGACCCCUGGACACGGCUGCCCAACCAAAUACAGUGCAGAGGAGGUUGCCAUGGCCACAGUGACUGCUCUGCGGCGUACUGUCCCGCCCGCGGUGACAGGGGUGACCUUUCUCUCAGGAGGUCAAAGUGAGGAGGAGGCCUCCAUUAACCUAAAUGCCAUCAAUAACUGUGCACUGGUGAAACCCUGGGCUCUCACCUUCUCAUUCGGCCGAGCUCUGCAGGCCUCCGCUCUGAAGACCUGGCAUGGAGAGAGAGACAAUGAAGCCGCCGCAACCGAGGAAUUCAUCAAACGAGCAGAGAUCAACAGUCUAGCCUCUCAAGGGAAGUACAUGGUUUGUGGUGACAGCAGUGGAGCCACUGGUCUUUCUCUUUACCUUUCCAGAUAUGCAUAUUGAAAUGCUGCUGAUUCCCGUACCCGCCUAAAAUGAAAGCUAUCAGAUUGCA